AGGGAAUACUUUACCAUUUAACAUGUAUCUGAACAAAUUAUCAUUAUGAUCCGUCCAUACCACGGCCGUCCAAUGAGCCUGACUAGUAGGUACCUAACCUGCUCUUCAAACAAGUCUGGAGAGGUCAAUAGACAACCAACGUGCGCUCUGCAAUAUCAAUCCAUGUUCAUCCUCACAGGUUUCUUUCACCAUCUGGAGCCGGAAACUCCCGAUCAAUAACUUGCUGUCCAC